GUUUAUAAUUAAAUAACGUGUUGAAUUGAUUGAAUUGUUUUAACGUUAAUGCGAAUUUCACUGCUUAAGUUGCCAAACAAGAAUGAUACACAAACAACAAAAGUUACGUAAGAAACUAUUCCCCCCCAUUAUCAUACUGGUCAAUCAAAAUGAAAGGUGUGUCUGGGCAUGUCUUCAAUACGAGAUAUUCGAGACAUAAGAUUCAAAUCAAUUAACUUGUGCGUAAACCCACUUACGUCAACCUCACCUGCGGUAAAACUCAAAGCCUCAUGCAAACCUGUUUACCGUCACGAAUUUUAGUCAACGGCAUGCAAGUGAAGUACCACCAUACUGCAUCUCACACCGAGAGAUUACUGAAAUGAGUCAUAUAUGGCAUGGCGUCUAUUAAACACAGUCCAUAAUUUUUUGUAUGUUUGAAAAGCAUUGAAGCUCACUCAUUAAGAAGCAAAUAUCAGCUCAACAAUUUCGCGUUGGCAUUGUCACGAAGCUGCAAGCGAGCUUGGAGUGUUCAGCCAGUGAAUGCUUUGGGUGCAUGGACGAUACCAGGGAUUAUACCAGGUUGUUACUGCUCUGGCAAGCAGCCAGUUCCUCUCUGAAAGAACGAUAAUGCUCAUUUGAUAGUCCUAUAUAUUUAUUGCAAAAUGUGGUGAAUUUUGAAUCAUCCACUGGAUCUGGGGGACUUACAAAGGACUUAAUAAACCCAAGUUAUGGACGAGAAAGAAAAUUUAGACGAAAAGGAAGUGGCACCGUUUAUUGAAAAUUCUGAUGAAGAAAAGUCAUCUGAGUUGAAAUUUGGAUGGGGAAAGUUCAGACCAAAAUGUUUACAGAUUUUUAAUGGACCAAAAUGUUUUCUUUUCAUAUUGAUAUUCUACACUAUAUCACAAGCUCUGGUGGUCUUGGGUCUCACAACUUUAACUUUACCCAGCAUCGAGAAAAGAUUUAGUUUAACAUCGAAGGAACUCGGUGUUAUCAUGGCGUCAAAUGACGUCACUGCUUUAAUAGUCGUCAUCUUUAUCGGUUUCUAUGGUGAUUAUGGGAACAAGAUACGCUGGAUCGGAGGAGGAGGGAUACUACUGAGUAUAAGCACGUUGCUGUAUGUUUUACCUCACUUCAUGAUUGGUGCGUACCAGCCCUCUCUUACAGGCCCUCGCGGGCCAUCGUGUUUCAGCGGUAAUAUCACACAAAGCCUGGGCCAGGGAAAAUGUUCUCUAGAGAGUGACAGCCGCUGGUAUUACAUGGCAAUAUUCGUAUUGUCGCAAUUAAUCAUGGGUGCGGGGACAUCACCCUUCUACUCGUUAGUACCCGCCUACCUUGAUGAAAACGUCCAUCCUAAACACAUGCCGCUGUAUCUGGGUGCCUGGACUUUUGCCACGUUCCUGGGUCCAGGUCUCGGGAUGAUAAUUGGCGGGAAAUUCUUGAGCAUCUACGUCGACCUGGAACAACCCGAAGGUGUCAAUCUAACGUCGCGUGAUCCAAGAUGGAUUGGGGCCUGGUGGUUAGGAUUUGUAAUUUUUGGCAUCGUAAUCUUCGUGUUUUCGCUGCUGAUUCUGGGUUUUCCCCGGGAACUUCCGGGGGCGAAGAAAAAGCGCGAGGAACACAUCAAAAAAGGGAAUAUUAGAAGAACAAAGAUAGAUCGGAAACCAAGUUUGAGAAUAAUUAUACCAGAGCUGAAAGAUCUUUUAACAAAUUGGACAUUUUUAUUCAACACUCUUGGAUUAACGGCGACAUUAUUGUACGUUGGAGCUUUGAUGCCUUUCAUUCCGAAAAUUUUGAUGCUAAAAUUUGGAUUGCUUCCUGAGCAAAUUGGUUAUAUUCUGGGAAGUUUAAUGACACCAUCAAUGGCUGUUGGUAUUACCAUCGGCACACUCGUUUUAAAACGAUUCUCACUGAAAGACGUUUGCAAGAAAUCCGCUCUCUUCAUAUUCAUACUGCGCACUCUCGGAUUUAUAUCUCCGCUGUCCUUUCUUAUCACUGGCUGCAAUAACAUCAAUCUCGCAGGGGUCACAACACCGUAUAGAGAAAUAAACACAGAACAUAUUCGACAACCAAUUUCAUCGAGCAAGUUAUCGCUCACAGCAACUUGUAAUAUGAAUUGUAAGUGUUCCCGCAGUCGAUUCUCUCCAAUCUGUGGCUCAGACAACAUAACGUACUUUGAUAUGUGCCAUGCUGGCUGCAAAAUACGCUUUCCAAAUAUGACAUUCGCAAACUGUUCGUGCAUCCGUGGCUCUCAAAGUUCAAAGUUAGGAACGGCAAGAUUUGGCAUUUGUGAUAACGAUUGCAAGAAUUUUAUUUUUUUCGUCCUACUUCUGGGCUUGAAUAUUGCAAUACAAUUUGUUAAAAUGGUGCCAGAUAAAACUGUCACCUUAAGAUGCGUGCCUGAUAACAAGCGUGCUUUUGCAAAUGGUAUACAGUAUGUUUUCAUGAAAACGCUUGGUCUUCUUCCUGGUCCCAUACUGUUUGGUCACGUCGUUGACUCGUAUUGCACAGUUUGGCAGGAUACUUGUGGUGUGAAGGGAAGAUGUUUUGAUUACAAUAUUGAUUAUUUGAGUUACGCUGUUUGUGUUUUGGGAGUCAUCCUAACAUUUUUGUCUGCCUUGUUCUACUUUUUGUCCUGGUAUUUCUACAAACCAGAAGAAUCAGAUUGCGAAAAUGUUAUUAAAGAUCCAGAAGCCUUUCAGAACGGCAAAGAAACUAAACUAUGAUUUACCUCACAAUUUACUGAAUAUAUAGUUAGAGUUUGUGUGUGUAAAACAUCUAUAUCACCAGUGUAUCUAUAAUAUCUUUUGGCUGCAAGGCAACAACACUCUAGUCAACAGUAUAAUUCUCACUAGAGACACUAAAAUCUAACAUAUUAAUUAUUACACAAACAUCGUAUAUCCUCAUGCAUCGGUGCAGAUGUUCUUUCGAGAAAAUAACAAAAUGCCGAUAUCAUAUAACCAGAAUUAUUGUAUAUAGUCUAGACUGAAGUAUUUCAAUACCAAAUAUCGUUGUAAGUAUACUCAAAAACGAAAACUCGUCUUUUGAAAAUUCGUUGCCGCGUAAUUUUGUAUCAAUUCAGUAUAAAAUAUUCGCCGCAAUUUUUCGCGUUUGCAUGCAGGGCUCGUUCAUGAUGGGUUGGAACUUGAAGAAAGAGAGUCGGCGUCUGUAAAAUGAAAACAAUUAUCCCAGAACUAAAUUAACUCAGCUGAGAAUACAGUUGUUUAAGUGCAUGCAAUAUGUAAAAUUCUGCCUUUAAUCUUUACA